AUGACCGACCUCUCCUCUUCCCUCAUCUUCAACCAGAUGUCGACCGAACAGCUCGACUUCUACCUCGGACCACUGGUCAAAUCCGACCCCUUUCGUUUCCUAGGAGGUCUCUGCUUGCCGGUCCCCGUCGAUUCUUUCCUUUUAGGGUUGGGGGGGAUAAUGACGGUAUCCUAUUACACGUCACACCAGAACAGACGGUCGGAAGGGUUUCAGAGGUGGCCGUUGAGAGGGUUUAUAUUUUCGAUGGUCUUAAUCAGUUUGGGGACGACGAUCAACCUAUGGAUAUGGACGACGAAAGCUCUCGUCGUACAAUUCGGGUCGUACCACGAGAUCUAUGACGGUCGAUUCUAUAUGGCCUUCUACAUCCUCGGUGUACUGCUGGUAACCCCGGUUCAUGUCUAUUGGAGUAUCCGGAUCUUCAAGCUUUAUAAAAGGAACUGGUACAUCCUCGCAGUCUUACUAACGGGCGCUACGGUAUUCGGAACGUCGAUGGGCAUGUUGACUGCCGAAGUUGCCAGGGACAAGACGAUGAUGGCCUCUGCCGCCAGACCGCUCUGGAUCUUAGCGAUGAGGAUCAGCGUAUAUUCGCAUGCUGCUAUGAACCUCAGCGGAACUAUCCUUACCAUCUGGGGCUUCAAGCGUUCGGGAAAACUGGUUGGAUUCCGUAAAUCACCGGUCUCCAUGAGUCUCUUGGUCGCUGCCGAAAGCUUGGCCCUCCCGACCGUCUUCUCCUUGUUUGUGUUCUUCAUGUUCACCAUCUCUGGAAGGGUCGACUCGGCAGUCCCAUCCAUGAUCCUGUCGUCCAAGCUGUACGUGAUCUGCAUCCUGCAUGUUCUGAACCACCAUGCCAGCAUCGCCGAAGCAGCCAGGAUCGAGAACUUUUACGGCUCCGGAGAUGACAACAAGAGGCACUCUGCGUUGGACGGCAGGAUGAAUCCCGCUGUACUCCAGCUCGGCGCCUUGUCCAAGCACGGUGGUCGAAGCCGACACGACGCCUACAACAACGAUUUCGAUCUCGGCUUGGAGCGCCAUUAUCCUUCCGAUUCUACCAACAACCUCGUCGAGUACAAGGGAGAGUUCGUGCACUUCAAAGACGAGCCGGGCUCCAUUAGAUCGCACAGGUCGACGACGAGGUCGUCCGAGGAGGAUUACAAGUAGCGUCGUCGUUGUAUCAGGGCAGGCACAGGAUCGAGGUUUUUGGGACUAUGGAAGGAAUCUUUCCC